AUGCUUGAUGAAGAAGCAACUGAAUUAUGGGAAUUAUAUAGUUUAGCUGACGAAGAAGACAUUAAAUCAAUAUCUAGUUAUUCUGAUCUUCAAUUUACCGAACAAGAUAUAAAAAAUACAAUUCGAUCAUUGAAAUGUAAAACCUCAUCUAGUUUUGAUCAAGUAUCUAAUAAAAUGAUCAAGCUGCUUUGUGCCCAUUUCCAUGACAUGCUUACACGUGCUUAUAAUGAACUCUUUCAAGCUGCUCAUUGGGGAAAGGAAUGGAAAAUGGCUCGAACUAUUUGCCUCAAUAAAUGCGACAAUCCAGCAUCAACGACAAAUCAAUUGCGACCGAUUUCGAUGCUGCCAACAUUUAGUCAAAUUUAUGAGAGAUUAUUCCUAUUCAAAUUUAACAGUUGGUCAACAAUAAUGAAUAUUUUACCAGUUCAACAAUCAGGUGCAAGACGGCGUCAAGCCACAAAAUCUCGAGCCAAUUGCUUAUUAGAACAAAUUACCCAGUCCCUACGUUACAAUACGUUUACUCCUGUCAUCUAUAUUGAUUUUUUACGAACUUGA